AUGGCUUCUGACGCAGCGUCACAGAUCACGGUGGGGGCUCUUAGCGCGAUCUUUGACGAUACCAAGCCGCAGGUUCGCGAGCCGAUCGUUCAAUGUGUACAAGUGAAGCCUCUCCCACCACAGGCCACCCAUCCCGAACGCUAUCGAGCCGUCUUCAGCGACAUUGCCAACUAUGUCCAGACUAUGCUUGCCACACAAGCCAACCAUCUAGUCACGGAAGGAAGCCUUCGAAAAGGAUGUUUCGUGCGUCUGAAGUCUUUCCAAGCGAACUCCGUCAAGGGCAAGAGAAUUCUCAUUAUCAUGGAACUUGAGGUUUUGAAAGAGUUGGGUGAAUCCGAAAAAAUUGGAGAGCCAAAGCCCUUGGAGGUCAAGGCGGAGGAAGAGGAGAAACCCCAAGCCACGACAAUUUCAAGCAGUGGUUUCUACGGGUCAAAGCCGACUGGUGCGCCGUCGCAACAACAGAGUCGCGCCCAACCCGCCCGUGGGCCUACAUCCUCUGCUCACGCGACGAUCUAUCCUAUUGAAGCAAUCUCUCCUUACUCAAACAAAUGGACAAUCAAGGCACGUUGCACAAGCAAGUCAAGUAUCAAGACUUGGCACAACAAAAACGGGGAAGGCAAAUUGUUCAGUGUCAACCUCCUCGAUGACAGCGGCGAGAUUCGCGCCACCGGCUUCAAUGACCAGUGCGACAUGCUCUACGAUCUGUUCCAGGAAGGCGGAGUGUACUACAUUUCCAGCCCUUGCCGUGUUCAAAUCGCAAAGAAGCAGUUUUCGAACCUCAACAAUGACUAUGAACUCACGUUUGAGAGGGACACGUUGGUAGAGAAGGCUGAGGACCAAAGUGAUGUGCCGCAGAUUCGAUUCAAUUUUACCACAAUUGGUGACUUGCAAUCCGUCGAGAAAGAUACUACAACCGACGUCAUUGGUAUCCUCAAAGAUAUUGGCGAAACCUCUCAGAUCGUAUCAAAGGGAACUGGGAAGCCCUACGACAAGCGAGAAAUCAGUCUCGUCGACAACACGGGAUACUCUGUUCGUCUCACCGUAUGGGGUGCCGGUGCAGUCAACUUCAAUGUAGCGCCAGAGUCCGUGGUUGCUUUCAAGGGAGUUAAAGUGUCUGACUUUGGCGGACGCAGUUUGAGCUUGCUGAGUUCAGGAUCAAUGACAGUUGAUCCCGACAUCGCGGAGGCUCAUCGAUUGAAGGGCUGGUACGACGCGCAGGGCAGGACAGAGAACUUCACCUCUCAUGCAUCCCUGUCGGGCGCCACCAACUCUAACAUGAAAGCCGAUUCCUUCAAGACCAUUGCGCAGGUCCGCGAUGAACAGCUGGGUAUGUCAGAUCAGGUUGAUUACUUUUCUUUGAAAGCCACGGUUGUCUUCAUUCGCCAGGAGUCAACAUGGUGCUACCCCGCCUGUCUCUCUGAAGGUUGUAACAAGAAGGUGACACAACUUGAUGAGGGUCAAUGGCGAUGUGAGAUGUGCGACAAGACGCACCCCCGCCCUGAAUAUCGCUACAUCAUGCCGAUCAGUGUCAGCGAUCACACCGGUCAACUCUGGCUCAGCUGCUUCGAUGACACAGGACGCCUGAUUAUGGGCAUGUCUGCUGACAAUUUGAUGCAAUUGUGUGAGGACGAUAAUGAAGCGUUCCAGGCGGUUUUCCAUGAAGCGAACUGUCGCACUUGGAGUUUCCGUUGUCGCGCCAAGAUUGACAAUUUCGGUGAACAACAACGUGUCCGAUACCAAGUCUCCUCCGCCAAGGCUAUCAACUACUCCGAAGAGGCCACACGCUUGGCAGAGAUCAUCAACUCUUAUAGUCUGAACUAG